AUGGCGGAAAACAUGGCAAAGCCUGUCUGCGGAAGCGACGGCGAGACCGCACAGUACGACCUUGCUCUCCACACAGUGGGACUUUUUCUUGUCUUGGGCGCCUCAUUGUUUGGGGCUGGCUUUCCCGUGGCGGCGAAGAAGAUCAGUUGGCUCAAAGUACCAUCGAAGAUAUUCUUCGCUUGUAAGCACUUCGGUACUGGUGUGCUCAUAGCAACGGCCUUCGUUCAUCUUCUCCCAACUGCUUUCUUCAGUCUUUCGGAUCCAUGCCUUCCGGAUCUCUUCACCGAGCAGUACCCACCCUUGCCCGGUGUCAUCAUGAUGGGUUCUCUCUUCGCCCUAUUCUUCAUCGAGUUGUGGAUGAACAACAAGAUGGGCGGCCACUCGCACGGUGGUGCGAGGGGCUUCGAGGACGGGCACAAUCACGGACCGGCGAUGGGGACCAUGGCCAUGGCUGCCCCUCCUCAACGCCCAGUUCGGAACCCCGGCGCGACUUGCUACGAGACGGACGGUGAAGGGAGCUACGACGAGAAGACGGCGCAGGAGAUUUACGAGGAGAACGCCCGGUUCCACCAGGAGAACCCCUUCACCGGAAGCGCGGAGUUGGAUCUGCCACCGAGCGAGAUGCCCCCGUGGUUCAUCGUCUUCUACGAGAAUUACGUCCGACAACGACUUCAGAUGCUGAACAUGAUCAGAGCGAACGCGGCAGGACCUCCGAUGCCGAUCGACUCCAAGCAGCAGCAGCAGCAUGAAGUCGUGGUCGGUGAAACAGCCAUGUAUGACGAGGAAGGCCAGCCCGUGGACCCCCUGGUGUACAAGAAGAUGUCGAUGAACAUCACGCUCCUCGAGGGCGGUAUCCUCUUCCACUCCGUCUUCGUCGGCAUGACCGUCUCCAUCACCAUCGACGGCUUCGUCGUCCUCCUGGUCGCCAUCCUGUUCCACCAGAUGUUCGAAGGCCUGGGUCUGGGCUCCCGUAUCGCGGCUGUGCCGUACCCCAAGGGAAGCCUCCGGCCCUGGCUCCUGGUCUUUGCCUUCGGGACCACCGCCCCGAUCGGCCAGGCCAUUGGACUGAUCACGCGCAACACCUACGAUCCCAACAGUGCGUUUGGUCUCAUCAUCGUCGGCGUGUUCAAUGCCUUUUCCUCGGGUCUUCUCAUCUACGCCGCACUCGUCGACCUGCUGGCCGAAGAUUUCCUGUCCGAGGAGUCCAACCGCGCGUUGAGCAUGAAGGAGAAGAAGAUCGCACUGGUCUAUGUGCUCCUUGGAGCUAUGGGCAUGGCUAUCGUCGGUGCAUUCGCCUAG